AGGAGGGCGCUAUUUCCAGGUAAAUUUUCCGCUGUAGUUUUGUAGUAAAAAAGACACGUUGACUUGAUGUGAUUGAUUGAAUAAGCCGGUUUCAUUUGGCAACUGUUGUGUUAAACAUCGAAGAGAGAGAUCAUUCAACAAUAACAUUUUUCAAAAUUUUAGGUGUGAAUUAGGGUGAAUUUGAGCAACAUGGGGAGGCUACACAUUGCUGUUCUAGCAACGGUGUUUGUUGUGUUAAGUUUAACUCAACAAAGUAAAAGCUUAGCAGUUAUGUCAAUUGAUCUUGGAAGUGAGUGGAUGAAAAUUGCAAUUGUAAAGCCUGGGGUACCAAUGGAUAUAGUUCUGAAUAAAGAGUCGAGAAGAAAAACGCCAGUCGUAGUAUCGAUGAAAGAUGAUGAACGUCUGUUUGGUGAUGCUGCUUUGGGAGUGAGUGUGCGAUAUCCCAAGCAUGCCUACUUUUAUUUACAAGAUCUCCUUGGCAAAUCAUUCAAUAACUCAAUUGUCAAACAGUAUAAGCAAAGAUUCCCUUUUUAUAAUAUAAUAGAAGACAGUGAAACAGGAAAACCAUUGUUUCAGCAUGAUGAAGAGCAUGCCUAUUCCCCAGAGGAACUCAUGAGUAUGAUCCUAAGCAAGGCAAGAGAUUUUGCUGAAUCAUAUGCUGAGCAUCCAAUCAAAGAUGUCGUAAUAACAGUACCCGCUUACUUCAACCAGGCUGAGAGGCGAGCUCUAAUGUAUGCAGCUAAGCUAUCGGGUCUUAAUGUGUUGCAGCUAAUAAACGACAACGCUGCAGUUGCUUUAAAUUACGGCGUCUUUCGUCGACAAGAGUUUGACAAAUCCAUUCAACAUAUAAUAUUUUAUGACAUGGGAGCUACAAGCACUACGGCCACCAUUGUAGGAUACAAGUUAGCAAAAACCAAAGACCAUGGAGUUUCAGAAACCAACCCUCAUUUAUUUGUCAAAGGUGUUGGAUUUGAUCGAGGUCUUGGUGGCCUGGAAAUUGAAUUGAGGCUACGCGAUCACCUUGUAAAGCUUUUUACAGAGAAAGUAAAGACAAAGGGUGAUGUGCGAGACAGCCCACGUGCCAUGGCAAAGCUUUUGAAGGAAGCUAAACGUUUGAAGAAAGUAUUGAGUGCAAAUGUAGAUCAUUUAUCUCAGAUUGAGGGAGUCCUGGAAGACAAGGACUUCCGAUCGAUGGUAACCCGAGCAGAAUUGGAAGAGAUGUGCGCUGAUUUGUGGGAACGUGUUGAUGACCCCAUCAACAUGGCUCUCAAGUCCGCUGAAAUGGGCAUGAAUGAGAUUAGUCAAGUGAUUCUCGUUGGUGGAGGAACUAGAGUGCCCAAGGUACAGGAAGCCCUGCUCAAGGCAACUGGAAUGUCUGAACUUGGAAAGAACAUCAACGCGGAUGAGGCGGCGGCAAUGGGUGCCGUCUACCAAGCUGCUCAUCUUAGCAAAGGCUUCAAAGUUAAGAAGUUCAUUGUCAAAGAUGCCAAUCUCUAUCCUAUUGUGGUUGACUUUACCAGACUACAAACAGAUGAUGAUGGUGUGACGAAUAACAAGAAAGUAAAGAGAACACUUUUUCAGCGCAAUAACCCUUACCCCCAGAAGAAGGUCAUGACCUUUAAUCGUAUGACGGAUGACUUUGCAUUCCAUGUUAACUACGCUGAACUUGAGACUAUUUUACCAAAUGGCUAUAUGAGCGUAUUCGGGUCUGCGAAUCUGAGCAAGGUUGACUUGGGCGGUGUGGCUGAAAAGCUGGAAAAAAAUUCCGGUAGUGAAUCUAAGGGUAUAAAAGCUCAUUUCCAUAUGGAUGAGAGCGGAAUUCUGAACCUUGUUUCAGUGGAGUCUGUGUUUGAGAAGAUGGUUGACAAACCCGAAAACGAGACAGGACAGUCUACCUUUGCAAAACUUGGUAGUAAAAUCAUGGACUUCUUUGGUGGCUCCAAAACUGAAGAGGAUGAUGGCAAAGUAGAAGAUAAGCCGGAAGAGACGGAAGAGGCAGCGGAGGAGGAAAAGCAAACUGAUACAAAUGAAGAGACGAAGGAAGAGGAGACAAAAGAAGCAGAUGAAACAAAUGAAAAAGCAGACGAGGAGGAUGGUGAAGAGCAAGAAGAAGCGAAUGAAGCUCAAAAUGAUGAGGAAGAUGAAAAAGUAAAAGAUGAAGCACAAGAAGAGGUGGUGGAUGAUGACAAUGAUGAUGAUAGUGAUGAUGAUGAUGAUGCCAAAGAAGAAGAGACGGAAGAGGUAGAAAAGGAGGAAGAAAAACAAGAGGAACCAACAGAAGAUGAAACAAAACCAGAGGCAACAGAUGAUGCAGAGAAAACUGAUUCAACAGAUGACUCUAAUGAUAAAAAAGAGGAUGAAGAGAAAAGUAAGGAAUCGACUGAUGGUGGCAAGGAACCAGAAAAAGAGGACAAGACGGAUUCAAAGGAUGAAAAGUCAGAGACAGACACAAAGGAGAAAGAAAAGGUGAAAGAGGUGAAGCCUCAGCUAAAAACAAUUAAAGAAAAUUUGACAGUUACCUUAGAAGUCCUGGAUGCACCAAAAUCAUCCGAAGAUACGCAUAAGGCGUCUGUUAAAAAACUAAAAGAAUUGAAGAAAAAAGAUGAAGAGAAGGCUAAAAGGGAACAUGCGCAAAACAGCUUAGAAUCAUUUAUUUAUGGAAUGCAAGAUAAGUUAUAUCAGGACGAUUACAUUUCAUGUUCCACUGAGGAGAUGAGGGAGCAGAUAUCGGCCAGUCUCUCGGAAGCAUCUGAUUGGCUGUAUGAUCAGGAGUAUGAUGCACCAGCUAAGUUGUUUGAAGAUAAGCUAAAGAAUUUGACAAGAGCCACUAAAAAAUUAGAAUUUAGAGUCGAAGAGAAGAAAAGACGUCCAGAGGCAAUUGCCGCAUUGAAGGAUGCACUCAACACUUCCGUAUAUUUCCUUCAAGCCGCAAAGAACUUAACAGGCGAAGAUCAGUACUUCACAGAAACAGAAAUUGGUCUACUAGAAAAAGUGUACAAUGAAACUAAGGAAUGGUUUUCAAAUGCACUUAAAGAACAAAAAAAGACACCGCUUACAGAAAAGCCAGUAUUACUUAUUGAAGAUGUUAUACAAAAAAUCAAUGGACUUGAUAGAGAGUUAAGGUACCUGUCUAAUAAAGUUAAACGAACAGCAACCAAGAAGAAGAAGAAGAAGGAAAAGAAAACAAACACUACUAGAGAUGGGGACGAAGCUACAAAGGAGACAACAGAGGAUAAAGCUAAUGAAGAAACUGUAGAGGAAAAGAAAGAAGGGAAUGAAAAAGCUGGUGAAAAUGUGGAGCCUGAAGGAGGGGACAAUCCAAAGGAAACUGCAGAAGAAACUCCAACACCUGACAGUGAGGGCGCUGUUGAAGAUGAACAGCCAGAAAUCUUAGAACUUGAAGCACCAGCAGUAGAAGGUGAAGAGGAUACAUCCAAGAAGCCAUUAGAUAAUUCAGAGCAGCCGCCGACAGAAGCACCAACAGAAGAUGACACUACUAAAAUGAAAAAUGAUGAAUUAUGAUGUAAAUUGUGUGUUUAGAACGAUCGUCUCAUACUGUAUUUGUACGUUUUUGUAUAAGGCUGGGCACUCACUGGGUCAUACGACGGUCGUAUGACCGUCGGCUGACAAAUCCAGCUCCGCCCCCUGUGAGUACUAGAUGAUGCGACAGCGUCUGCUAAUUGUCAGUGGCAGCCUGAAAGGAUCAUGAUUAAAAACUAUCCAUUACGCGUUCGUCAUUGCGUUCGUUACAUUCUCCUUAGGAUCAUCGCUGCCGUCAGACGCAGUGAGUGCCCGGCUUAAGUGUUGUUCCGCAGCGUCGGUGCUUUGCCGUACAAGCGUGCGACCCCAUUUUGAUCAUUCUGCGGGGUGUACCAAUCAUCUUGGUACAUUCCUCAAUAUUUUUUUCUUUCUUGGGCUUUUUGACUUAAUUUAAAGGAGUGAAUCAUCAAACAAAUUGUGCUUAUAAUAAUUCUGAAAUAAUACAAUAUAUAUAUAUAUGUGAUGUGUUCUUACAAAACCUGGACGAUUGCGCAAAAAUAGGUUUUAAACUUAAGUAUACAGCACAAGUAGCACAUACCAUACAUGAAUUGCACAUACAGUGAACAUAAACAAAAUUGUAACUUGUGUUUUUCAAAUGUGGAUAACUUUACAGUACAGUAAAAAUAUCAAACUUGAUAGUUCAGACCGAGUUUGUUUUUUUUUUAAAUGUUAACUUGCUGUUUUUCGGGGGUUUUGUGGGAACAUGUCACGUAUUGUGGAAUUUUUUUGAAGAUACACAGCAUUUUCAAACCUUAUGACUAGUACACCUUUUCAUGAUGUAACGCAUAAUACUAGGAUAGGACAGACAAAAUUUAAUUUUUGCAAGUGUUAACUUGUUUAUGGACAGAAAAUUUGGCCUGAAAUAUUUGUAUUGAAGAGUAUAAAUUGAUAGCGAACGUUGUGUUGUCCAGUGUCAUCAUCAGCUGGGGAAGGGGGUGUGCAAGUCUCCAUUCGCACAUGACUCGUCAGAUGAAUAAUUGGGAAUAUUUUUCGCAUGAUGGGUUUGAAAAUGUCUCAAAAAUUAAAAUGGCCUGAAAUUUUCUGGUUUUUCUAGGUGCCUGCAUCUCGGUCUCCCAGAUUCCGCUGCUCUAUUUCAGAAAUUGAGUAAAUCUUAGCAUUACCACUGAUAAAUUCCUCUCCUAUAUGUGUCUACUAUAAACUGUUAGUAAUCAGUACUCAUAGCAGUCCUUAUUUACUAUUUGAAGGGCGCACUCUAUUAACUGGCAAGAAACUUUCCAAUCAUUCCAAUAAAUUGAAAUCUUUUGUGCUGAAAUGGAAUCAAGUCACUCCUUUUCUAUACCUUAAAAAUACUAGCUACUAAGUUAUAAUUUAUUGAACUUGCAUUUUUUAACCUUAAUUGGUGUAUGAGAAUAUUAAAGUCUGCAUUUUUUGUGUUUAAAUAAAGAGUAUUAUUGUAUUUAAUGCAGCUGUUUGAUACGGAGGUAAAUUAAUUUUAAAAUAUCUGCAAUAUAUUAAGUUGAAAUAAAUUGUUUAAAGAAUUCACAA